AUGACACCUAUAAAUUAUUAUUUUUUUUUUUUCAAGUGUCAUUUUUUUUUAACAGGUCCAAUAAUAAUAAUUUUUUUUUUUUUUUUUCAAAUGUCAUUUUUUGACAGAUCCAAACUUAUAAAAAAAAAUUUUUUUUUCUCAAACGUCAUUUGUGGUUUAAAAUGUAUUAUCAUCCGAACAUAA